AGUAAAUUAAGUAAAUUUAUUGUAUUUAUUUUUAUUUAAAAAAAGAAAAAUUUUACAUUGGUUUUGGAUUUGAACAAAACUUUUUAGCUGUACUGCCUUAAAACAUUACUAUUGGUGUAUAGAAAAUUCAUCUUGUUUUCAAUUGGUAAUUAGUUCAAAUCAAAAAUGGUGAAAUCAAUUAAUGUCCGUGUCACAACUAUGGAUGCUGAAUUAGAAUUUGCUAUUCAGCCUAACACUACUGGUAAACAGUUGUUUGAUCAAGUUGUCAAAACAAUUGGUCUUCGAGAAAUUUGGUUUUUCGGACUCCAGUAUACUGAUACAAAAAAUUACACCACUUGGUUGAAAUUGAACAAAAAAGUGACAGUACAAGAAGUUAAGAAAGAGUCUCCUUUGCAGUUUAAAUUUCGUGCUAAAUUUUUCCCUGAAGAUGUUGCUGGUGAACUUAUCCAAGAGGUUACCCAGCGUUUGUUUUUCUUACAAGUUAAAGAAAGUAUUUUGUCACAAGAGGUUUAUUGCCCACCAGAGACAUCAGUCCUAUUAGCUUCGUAUGCAGCUCAAGUAAAAUAUGGUGACUAUAAACAUGAUCUUCAUAAAAAGGGCUUUUUGUCUAGUGACCGAUUAUUACCAGAUCGAGUUUAUGAGCAACAUCAAAUGUCCAAAGAACAGUGGGAAGAAAGAAUUAUGUCAUGGUGGGGGGAACAUAAAGAAAUGUUAAGAGAAGACUCCAUGAUGGAGUACCUUAAAAUUGCUCAAGAUCUUGAGAUGUAUGGAGUAAACUAUUUCGAGAUUAAAAACAAGCGUGGAACCAAUCUUUUCCUCGGUGUUGAUGCUUUAGGUUUGAAUAUUUAUGAAUCUGAAGACAAGCUUACGCCUAAGAUAGGGUUUCCUUGGAGCGAAAUUAGAAAUAUUUCAUUCAAUGAUAAAAAAUUUGUUAUCAAACCUAUUGAUCGUAAAGCACCUGAUUUUCUUUUUUAUGUCCCACGUCUAAGAAUUAACAAACGUAUAUUAUCACUCUGUAUGGGUAAUCAUGAACUUUACAUGAGAAGGAGAAAACCAGAUACUAUUGAAGUUCAACAAAUGAAAGCACAAGCAAGGGAAGAGAAACAAGGUAAGCAGGCUGAAAGACAGGCUUUGGCUAAAGAAAAGCAAGCACGAGAAGAUGCUGAGAAUGAAAAGAUAAAGUUAGAGUUGAGACUUAAAAGGUUUGAAGAAGAAGCGCGUUUAGCACAGGAAGCUCUUGAAAAAGCCAAAAAAGAGGCAGAAGUAUUACAAGAAAAGAAACGUCAAACAGAAGAAGAAGCACAUCGGGUCAAAGAGCUUCAAUUGGCAGCUGAAGAAGCACGUCUGCGUCUUGAGCAAGAAGCUGAGCAUGAAAGAAUGGAAAAAGCUGAAUAUGAAAGAAGAGCAGCUGAAGCUGCAGCUGAAAGCCAACGCCUUGUAUUAGAAGCUGAGGCAAAAAGAAAAGAAGCUGCAGAACUGAAAGUGUUACUUGAAGAGUCAAAGUUACGUGAAGAAGAGCAACGUAUAAAGUUAAUGGAAGUCGUUUCAACUCCUCCUGCAGCCAUGUUGCAAACAGAUGAACAGGAAGAAGAAAAUGAAAGUGCUGAUUUAACCAGUCAUGAUACUGUUGAUACAAGAGAGUAUGACUAUACAUCACAAACAGAUAAAGAUCAAAAACUAAAGAACCAGUUAAAGGCAUUAGGUGAUGACCUGCUAAAGCUUCGCGAUGAAACAAAGAAAACACAAGAAGAUAUUCUCCACGAAGGCAACUUGAAAGAAGGACGUGAUAAAUAUAAAACUCUUCGUCAAAUUCGACAAGGGAAUACUAAACAUCGCAUAGAUGAAUUUGAAUCAAUGUGAAUAACGGCGACAAAAAGAAGAACGAAAUUAAAUUA